GAAGAAUGGUCAAAAUCAACACAGUCAAAGCUGCGAAUGCUGCAUUCAUCAACCGUCAACCCCUCACCGCUAUUUUCGUCGGUGCUACGGGUGGAAUUGGCGAAGCUACUGUUCGACAGCUUUGUAAGAUUCAUGGCUCUGGAGGUCCUGGCCUUAGGAUAAUUAUCGUUGGACGCAACACAAUCGCCGCUCAGAGGAUCAUCGAGGAGUGCAAGCAAGCUGGUCCCCAUGUCGAAAUAUGUUUUGUACACGCUGGCGACAUCAGUCUGCUUCGAAACGUGGACCAAGCAUGUAUCAAGGUCACCGAGAUCCUGAAGUCAUCGGAAACAGCCCAGGUAGACAUGUUGAUCAUGAGCCAAGGCAAAGUGGAAUUCGGCGGACGAAUCAAUACAAAGGAGGGGCUAGACGAAUCGUUGUCUCUACUUUACUACUCUCGCAUGCGGUUCAUCACAAAGCUCUUGCCGCAUCUUCUUUCCUCCUCUCUCCCAACUGGAGCGAAGGUUGUCUCUAUCUAUGCUGCUGGUAUGGAGACAUGGGGCAAACUCUUUCCGCAGGACCUCUCGUUGGACGAAGCUGGCCACUACAGUUUUAUGAACUGCCGCACCCAUGCGAUAGCCAUGAAGACCAUGUUCCUUGAAGAUCUUGCAAUCAGAUACCCGGGCAAACUGAGUUUGACACAUAUAUAUCCUGGUCUGGUGGUCCACUCAGGAUUCGACAAUCCUACUUUCCCUUGGUGGUUUCGCCUGAUUUGGAAAGUCAUGAAGCCUUUUGUGAGGUUCUUUCCCAUGUACCUGACAACGGAGGAGAGUGGACAGCGAGUGUUGUUUCUUUGCACCGACAAAUAUCCAGCCAAGGGUACCGAGCUAGAUGGCGAAUCUGAUCCAGUAGGCGGACAAGUCGUACACGCGACCGACGGCAGUGAAGGAGGUGGCGCGUACUCUGUCUCUUACACAAACGAGAUCAACGAUACUAAGGAAUUUUACGACCAAUUGAGGGGCAAGUGUUUCCAGGAAUCGGUCUCGAGCCAUACCGAGCAGGUAUUCCAAGCCGUUGAGACGAAGGGGAUUUGGGAGCCGAAGAAGAAACUGUGAGAUGGAAACGUCUGUGUAACGAGUCCUGCCUCUUUGCUCAACAUUCCAAUGAUCGAUGGAGAUUUUAACGGUGAUCACAAGUCAGGUUUCAGAUUAGGGCUCGCGUCGAUGGUUGCCUAACUUUUAGACACGCCUGCCUUACGUGGGUGCCUGACUCGCGUGUGCGUUUCGUCGUCUAGGCGCUACAGCACUAAUAAUAACAACAAC